GGACGAAAAGUUUUUGCAAUAACACAAGCAUCUUGAUCUUCAUCAUUAUCAAAUUAUUUCAUCAAAGUGAUUUAUCAUGGGUGCAGAACAGCAAGAUCAAGCUGAAGUUCAAGUUUCUCUUCGCGUCGCUGGCGCGUCCGGCGAUGAGGAUCACAGCAACACUGCUCUCCAGAGUUUGCAUGAAGACGGCGUUACUCUAGCACGAAGAGUUGCGUCUCUAAAAAUUUGCAACAACGAUAUGUUGUUGCAAGCACGUCGCGCUGACCUUGAAGCAAAAAUCGCUGCGGAGUUAGACACUAUAGCGAUAACUAGUGUGAACUCGAAGGACGUCGAAAAGGAUUGCAUGUUGACCACAUGCAAAGGUGACCGGGAAGUGGGUUUGCCGCGUGAUAAAAAAGGGGGCAGCAGCAGCAGAGUUAGGCAGUUGGAGAGGCAGCUCGAUUUGGAGAGGAAGGCGUCCGCUACCCGUGAACUGGCGAAAAAUCAAUUACAAGAAAAAAUUUCCUUAUGCCGGAGCCCGUGAACACAUCGUACAGGAUUUUUCACGGAAGUAUUAAUAGAACAAGCUUGACUUAGUUCUCUUUGAGGAUUUUACAGUAGUUACUUCAUUCUUGUUCUUGAAAGAAUUCAAUUUUUACUAGCGCCAAGGCCGAAGCCGCAUGGCAUGAUACUUGGUCUAGUGAAAGUGCAGGUUAUUAUCAGCCACUUUUUUGUUGUCAGGAUAGAUAAGGAUACGGAACAAUCGAGAGAAAGACGAACAAUGCGAAUACGACCUGCAUUAUUAAUAUGCCUUUUCAUUUUCGGUCUUCGGACACGUGCGUAAGAAGUAUAUCUUGGACCACGACCGACUGAAACGCGAAAACGAGGAAUUGCAUACUCUCGUCAUCCGCUUACGGGAAGAAACACGUGUUUUGUCGCGUCAGGUCGCGACACUCGAAGCUCAACUUAUGUCGAAGUACGAGAAAAACAUCUUCCGCGUACCAGUAGCACUUUUCGUUUUCUCUGGUUGUAGUGUCGUUUCUUUCUGAAGGGAGGGGAGCGAUCACCAUCUCGAUUCCACCGCACACGACCCCAACAUACAACCAGGCGGUUAACGUGUACUAAAAAUGAAUCACUAAAAUCAUGCUCGUCUUUAAGUACAGCUCCUCCUCGACGAGAUAGAUGAUCAUUUUUCUUUUGAAGCAGGAGCACUUCUUCUAAAGAUAGGACAGUAGCGGGUGAAGAGGAAGCAGAUAAAAUCAUAGGCGAACGCCUUCGGGUGUAUGCCGAACGGGAACAGGAAAUUACUGCAGAACUGCACGCAACCAAGAUACAAUUGGCAUCCGCACACAAGGAAGUAGAGGAUUUGUGGAGAAAACUGAAAGACAGAAAUGGUAACAUUAUUUUUGAUGUCAUAAAUACUGAUAAGUGAACAGGCCAACGCCUAAACCACUAUAAGCAAACUGCGCAGUUGGCUUUCUGCUGAUUUGAAUAGCGUGACCUAUCAAGAUCGGUGUGUACCACGACAGUGCCAGUGACACUUAUAUAUACAUGUACCUCUCAUCUUGUUGCCGUUCUUUUCUUGCUAGGUCUUUGCUUCUUUGAUAGUUAGAGGCUUGCACUUGUAGUUUUCGUUCCUCCUUCUUCAUACAUACAUCACCGUCACCGAAGUUCUUGAAAAAAAUACGACGACCAGAUAGUGUCGAGGAGAUACGACGCAAGUCGGAUGAAACGAUGCGUGCAUUAAAAAGCCAGAUGGGAACCCUGUCUCUCGCGCGCGAACAAGACCUGUACAAACGAGAGGAUCUGACAAGGCAGAUUAAUGCUCUAAAAAUGCAACUCGAAAUUGCCAAGGACCAUUAGAGAGCCAUAUCGAAAAGCAAAACCUCUGCAAAAACUGCUUUACAGAGUAGCGUAGAAUUCAAAGUCAUCAUGCAAGACAACCAAAAUCUCGCGUUUUUAUUUGAGAUGUUUACCGGGAUCAACAAUCUGCUCAGUGAGCGACGUGAUCAUCUAGUCGUUGCAGUUAAACCCGGACAGUAGGCUGGGAAAAAAUACAGUAAACCUACUCGUGUAGUAUCCAAUCCGGAAACAACAACGAGGAAGAAGAUGAAUAUUUCUACUCGCUGCGUGUACUACAUCCUGAUGUACUAGAAACGGACCACCGGUAUAUUUGCUUGCAAUCUCAACUACAUCUGAGUCUGAAAGAACGAAAGUUUACGAUGGUGCUUCUUCGUUCUCAUAUUUUGUCGCUGCAAAUGAUUGAAGGCGUUGGCGGCCUAGCAAACAAUAACAUCUUCCCACUUGCGUUAAUACUUCCGAAAAUUUAUUGAAACGAACCACCACCUUCGUUUCAGCGAAGAGGCAGGCGCAGCGCCAUGACUACAGCAAGUUCAGGUAAAC